GCCCCUCCCCUCUACCUUUCCGCCGUCGGCGACGCAAAGGCACGAGCCCUAAACCCUUCCCCAAUCUCCGCGCAAGCAUCUCCCCCCACCCCCCGCCCCCUCACUUCCGGAAACCCUAGUCGCCCCUGAUGGAUCCGCAGCAGCCUGAACCCGUCAGCUACCUGUGCGGAGAUUGUGGAGCUGAGAACACUUUGAAGCCGGGAGAUGUGAUCCAGUGCCGUGAAUGUGGCUAUCGCAUCCUGUACAAGAAGCGGACUCGCCGAAUUGUUCAAUAUGAAGCUCGCUGAAGACAAGGCAAACAUCCUAUCCUGGAGAAAAAGCUAGAGGGAAAUGGAAGUGUAUUACACAACGUUUGAAGGUCGUACGUGUCCAUUGGACUAUGGCUAGAAGUUGUAAAACUUGAACUGUGGAGUGAUUCUAGACUUGAGAUAGCAUUGCAGUUAUAUGAUUGAUCCUCUUGAGUGGUGCGAAUCACCAGUAUGGGGUCAGCCAUCAACGAUCCUAGGAUGAUCGGUGUCCAACUUUGAUACUUCUGAAUUAUUACUGGUAUCCCUUCUGUAA